CUCGCCAGUCGGGAGUUGAGUGCUCAGUGGCGACAGAGCGCGCGAGAGUCAUUCUCUCUGAAGAGAAGCGGACGAGUCGCGUUCAACUCUCCUCGAGCGCACUUUCCCAGUCUUCCAGUCCGCUGCACGCGCGGGAGGAGAUGAGCGUAUUUUGGACCGUUUGGACUGUGUGAGAAGCAGCAGCAGCAGCAGCAGCAACAGGAGCGCGUGGAGCCGAGCUGGAUGUAGUGGAGGGCGAGCUGCUGGCUGUGGCGGCGGCGCAGCGCGAGCUACACCUUCAGUAAAGUCUCGAGGAGUGUUCCGGACGGCUUCGCGACGGGUUUUGUGUGUAUUUUGAAAACGACAGAAACUUACAACAGUCGGGUGGAUUUUCCUAAAGUUUACUGGUCAAUAGAGGUUGGUUUUCUUCUCAUGAAAGCUGCGGGACAUCUGGAACCUGAAGGCUGAGUUUCUGUCAAAACUGAUUCAUUUAGGUCGGAGGCAGGAAGUGGUCAGGUCCUCCGUUGUCUGCGGCCGGCGUUCAGCGAGACAGCAUGCGGAUGGUGGAGGAUGGGCCCUGAGUUGGAGUCGGUCCCUGCUGCUCUGCGUCGGGCCCCUCCGUCCAGAGGAAUGACGGCUCUGUGGUGCUCACUCUGGCUCUCCCUCCUGCUGCCGCUGUGCGUCUCUCCGGCCAGGCUGCCCACCGCUCAGCCCACAGACUCUGUGUCCAGUGAAACUGCUUUCCUGGAGGACUUUGUCUUGGGCAUGGGAGACACCCUGGAGAUGUCGUGCAACCGGGAGGACUCCUCAGAGCCCAUCGUCUGGUUCAAAGACGGCAUCGGACUCUCGUCGGGCAACCGGACGCGAGUCGGCCAACGGAUGUUACGCAUCAUCAACGUGUCAUACGAAGACUCUGGCGUCUACACGUGCCGACUCGCUCAUACCAACACCCUGCUCAAAAACUACACCAUCAGGGUGACAGAUUCUCUUUCAUCUGGUGAUGAUGAAGACUAUGAUGAAGAUCCAGAAGAUGCAGGUAAUGGAAAUGAAGCUCCUUUUUGGACCAAGCCUGAACGGAUGGACAAGAAGCUCCUGGCCGUCCCCGCAGCCAACACCGUCAAGUUCCGCUGCGCCGCCGACGGAAACCCGAUGCCAACCAUCCACUGGCUCAAGAACGGCAAGGAGUUCAAGGGCGAGCAGAGAAUGGGAGGCAUCAAGCUAAGACACCAGCAGUGGAGUUUGGUGAUGGAAAGCGCCGUGCCGUCGGACCGAGGAAACUACACCUGCGUGGUGCAGAACAAGUACGGCACCAUCAGUCACACCUACCAGCUGGAUGUUUUAGAGCGCUCGCCCCACCGGCCGAUCCUCCAGGCUGGCCUGCCAGCCAAUCAGACGGUGGUGGUGGGCAGCGACGUGGAGUUCCACUGUAAGGUUUACAGUGACGCCCAGCCGCACAUCCAGUGGCUCAAACACAUCGAGGUGAACGGCAGCCGCUACGGCCCUGACGGCGCCCCCUACGUCAACGUCCUGAAGACGGCCGGUAUUAACACAACAGAUAAGGAGCUAGAGGUUCUCUUCUUGACCAAUGUAACUUUUGAGGAUGCGGGCGAGUACACUUGUCUGGCGGGGAACUCUAUCGGCUUUGCUUACCACUCCGCUUGGCUGACGGUGCUUCCAGCAGUGAACUCGGGCAAAGACGACUACUACGCCGACAUCCUCAUCUACCUGACGGGCUGCGUGCUCUUCGUCUUUGCCGUGGUCAUCGUCUUCCUCUGCCGCAUGAGAAUGACCACGCAGAAGACUCUCCCCACGCCGCCUGUGCAGAAACUGUCCAAGUUCCCCCUCAAGAGACAGGUAACAGUUUCCUUGGAUUCUAACUCCUCCAUGAACUCCAACACGCCCCUGGUUCGGAUCGCUCGGCUGUCGUCCAGCGACGGGCCCAUGCUGGCCAACGUCUCAGAGCUGGAGCUGCCCUCUGACCCCAAAUGGGAGUUUCCUCGCACAAGGUUGACCCUGGGUAAACCUCUGGGAGAGGGCUGCUUCGGUCAGGUGGUCAUGGCAGAGGCAAUCGGCAUCGACAAGGAGAAGCCCAACAAGCCUCUCACUGUCGCUGUGAAGAUGCUGAAAGACGAUGCAACAGAUAAAGAUCUGUCAGACUUGGUGUCAGAGAUGGAGAUGAUGAAGAUGAUAGGCAAACACAAAAACAUCAUCAACCUGCUGGGAGCGUGCACACAGGACGGUCCUCUGUACGUCCUGGUGGAGUACGCCUCCAAAGGGAACCUGAGGGAGUACCUCAGGGCGCGCCGUCCUCCUGGCAUGGAUUAUUCCUUUGACACCUGCAAAAUCCCUGACGAGCAGCUCACCUUUAAAGAUCUGGUGUCCUGCGCCUAUCAGGUCGCCCGAGGCAUGGAGUACCUGGCUUCACAGAAGUGUAUCCACAGAGACCUGGCAGCCAGAAAUGUUCUGGUGACGGAGGACAACGUCAUGAAAAUAGCCGACUUCGGUCUCGCCAGAGACGUGCACAAUAUAGACUACUACAAAAAGACCACAAAUGGUCGUCUGCCCGUGAAAUGGAUGGCUCCGGAGGCUCUGUUCGACCGGGUCUACACGCACCAGAGCGACGUGUGGUCUUACGGGGUUUUGUUAUGGGAGAUCUUCACCCUGGGAGGGUCGCCGUACCCGGGGAUCCCAGUGGAGGAACUCUUCAAGCUGUUGAAAGAAGGACACCGGAUGGACAAACCUGCCAACUGCACGCAUGAGCUGUACAUGAUCAUGAGGGAGUGCUGGCACGCCAUCCCGUCUCAGAGGCCCACCUUCAGACAGCUGGUGGAAGACCUGGACCGGAUUCUGUCCAUGACCUCCACUGAUGAGUACCUGGACCUGUCGGUGCCGUUCGAGCAGUACUCCCCGACCUGCCAGGACUCCAACAGCACCUGCUCCUCCGGAGACGACUCCGUGUUCGCCCACGAUCCUCUGCCCGACGAGCCCUGUCUUCCCAAACAGCCUCCCAGCAAUGCCGUCAUACGGACAUAAGAGCCCGGCCGCGGAGGUCGCGACCCCCGCUCACACUCUGUGACAAAUAAUCACCUCUCAGCGAAUCAAGACUCCUCAAGAUAUGGAAAUUAAGACUUCACGCAAUACUCCUGCAGCUCGUCUUAAACUCUCCAGGCUUUUCUCCUACGAUUUCCCCCCAACAGACACUUUGAGCAUUGAAGGAUUUUUUUUUUUUUGUUUUUGUUUUGUUUUUGUUUUUUUGGCUGUUUGCGUUCUUUUCAGGAAUGAAAUUCUAUUUUUAUACUCUGGCCAGUCUUUUGCUACAAACAGUCGCGUGGUGAAACCAUUCCGUGCCUCCUGGGAUUUAAACCUCCUAGGACUGAAUUCAGAAAUCGUACGCGGAGGACGUGAAGGGCAUUUUGAAGGCGACCAAGUAGUGGUGCGGAUCUAUCUCCUCUAGAUCUGCGCAGAUCACAACAAGAAUGCUCCCUCAUGAACGGAAUCCAGGAAGACGUUUCCAGCAGAACUCAGAGGAGAAGCUCUGAGAGGCGAAGACUUCCAGCCUCAGCAGGUUUCCUCAGUGUUAACAGUUUUUUUUUUUUCAUCCUAAGAACAGUUUUUAUUUUUAUUUUUUAUUGUCUCCGAACAAACUUCCUGGUGACGUGAGGCAUAUUUCAGGGCCUUUCAGUAAUAAGAACAGCGCCACUUGGAGGACGUUUUUGUUUUUUUCUAUAUCUAGAAAGUGAUUUAUUGUAAAUAUAUAAAUGCAAAUAUGUAUCAUAUCGCUGCCCACAGCCAUGUAUGUAAAAGACAAAAACAGAAAAAAAAAAAACAUUUAAAAAAAAAAGUUUAUUUGAGGAUGGAAGACACUGUUUAUGCGUUGAAAACAUUGAAUUUUUUUUUUUGGGGUGUUGCAGAAAAAAGUUUUAUUUGAAUAAUUAACAUGUAUAUUUGUAAAGGUAUUUAUAGACUUAACAUGCGAUUCUUAAGUUUGAAAACUUCUAGGUUUAGGUAUUUUAGUACUGUACACAAAGAUUUUUAUUUCGACUUUUUGUAACUUAUUUUGCAGCAGAAAAGAUUUUGUCACAAACUGGCAGAUGUUUUUUUUUUUUUUUUAUCCAUCUUUUUUUUUUUUUUUGUUAGUUUGUUUACUGUCUGAAACAGAGAAAUGAGAAUGUAUGGCAGGAGACGACGUUUCUGAGAGCGAGUGUAGUGCGACAGCCGGACGUUGACCUGUGACUCCGGAGCGCCACCCGGAGGUGCUGCCGGGUUCUGCUGAGUUCUACUUCUGGUUUCACAUGUUGGCAUUUGCACUAAGGAAAGAAUGAUAAACUCUUGCUGGGCAAGAAAUAGCAGAGCAUCACAGAGACCUUUCACACAGACCGUCAUUCUCAAAAUAAAGUGCACCUUCUGUCAAUCCGACAGUUUUAAAGCAUGAUUAUGACUUUAAAACGUAGGUAAAUCUGACCUUGCAAAUAUACUCACGGCAGAUUCCAUCAAGUUAUUUAUUAAACAAAGAUGUGAUCAGACUUUUAGGGUUUGAUCAAGCUUGCGCCUUGUCCACAUGUAGCCGGGUGUUUUAUGAAAAAAUAUCGUACAAUCGGGAUCGUUUUCAGAAAAGCUUUCAUCCACAAGAACCUGCACAAAUACGCCACUGAAAGUUGUUUUCAACAUGCCGAACCCAUAGGGGGCAGCGUAGCACAAAGCUAAGACCUGUAUCAGCCAAUCAGAUUGCUUCAAAACGACCACUACUUCCUGUUUGGAAUUGAACGUGGCAUCAGGACGUUCAUUUGUGUUGCCAGGUUUGUAGGUUGUGCUAAUUUUAACUUUGAUGUCAAUUGGGAAUCAUGUCAGAACAAAUAAGUGGAUAUUUUAGCACAUUAUUUGUCGCAGUCUGUAGCGGAACCCCAAAUUUCCGUUUUCCCAUCUGCACACACAAAUACUUGUCAAAUCUGAUCUGGUCUGAGAUCUUAGAAUUGUUUUUGGUGAUAUGAAACUGAGUUUAUGUGUGGAUGGAAGGCCAAAACGCUUUGGAAAUGCAUUCGUUUUCCAAAAUAUCUGGCUACAUGUGGACUAGGUCUUAAAAGUGCUCCCAAAACCCAACAUGCGUACACAAUGGAACACUUUAACAUUUACAGCAGGCGUGCUUUCUUUUUACUCCAAGCUGUGAAUCACAAGAACCUUCUGAGAACCUCAAUCUGUUUUUAAAAGACAAAGGAAUUAGAGAUGCACCGAUCAGAAUGUUUUGGCCCAAUUUCCAGUCCUGUUUUGUUUCAUAACCCUGACCUGCCAAAUCACAAUUUAAGAGCUAUGAACAAUUAUGAAACAAAAAUGUAUGUGCAGUUGGUAAAAAAAGUGGAUGCUUUAAUGUCUAAAAUUGUUUUUUAUGGCUUUUGUUACAUGAGGACCUUGUUUAGCUCAGAUUGAUAUGCGUUAAAAAAAUAACUAAAAAAUGUAAAUUAAAAAAAUCCCCUUUUUGUGUUAAUUUUUGUAUGGAAAAGCCAGAAAACCACCUCAAGCUAGCAUAAACACUUUUGUUGAAUUCUGCAGGUCCAUAAACCUUCUUCCAAGGUUCAAAUAAAACCUUGGAAGAAGGUUCAAAUAAAAAAACGUGAUAAAAACACGGUCAGUACUGAUCACUAGACGAUCGGUGCAUCUCUAAAAGAAAUAAAUGACUUUGUUUAUCUUUUUAAGGGUUAGUUAAAUAGGUUUAGCUAACCCUGUUUAGCUAACAGGGCUAGUUGUCAGCUAACCUCUGGCCACACUACWCCUUUACUUCAGAUUAGACUCAACUGUUGACGUUCUACGUAGUUUACUCAAAUACAGUGACUGACAUGGGUUGCAUAAUUCUGUCUCCUGCAGGUUUUACAGCAAUAACCAGAAAAUAUUCAUGUAAUUCACAAUUCUUCUUCAAAAGGGUUUUCGUUCAGUGUAGUCCUGCUAUGAUACGGUCCAAGCCCUGAAAUAUUUUGCAGUAGCUAACAAUUACAUAAAAGCGUCCAUGUUCCAGUCAGUGCAAUGUCAUAAAUCUAUUUUUAAUUUAAAAUGUGCCUCGCAGGGUUUUAAUCAGAGAACAUUCAAAGGUCAUAAGGUCAACGCUGCUAAUGCUCACUGGUAAAGGUUUAGCUUAAGGGGUAAAUAAAUGGGGUUUUUCUAGUUGAUGGAGCAAAAACUGCCCAUUGCCUCUCUAUAGUGUUAUUAUUACUGAAUGAAAUGAAGGCUUGUUGUGUGACUCGGACCACACAGCAGUAAAAUCAAACGUAUGUUUUGUGUAUGUCCUUCGAUUGUGUUGCGAAAAGUGCCAGAUUUAGUCUUAAAAGCCUGACUUUAUCCGAUCUCUGAACCAAAUCCUGCGCCGGUGAAUGUAGGUGGCCAGAAGUAUUAGGACAAGAAUUACAAAAUGGGUUUUCUUAACAGUGAGGCUUUCUUUCUCGGUUUUUUUGUUUUUGUUUGUUUUAUUAUUUUUUUCUAACUGAUCCCUCAAUAAAGUGCAAAAGCAUUCAGUCUGAAACGUUUGCAAAGUCACAGACGGGAAAGGACUUUUACGUGGCAUUGAAGGGUUCGCAGAUUUACUCGCUGCUAAGUGGAACCGGUGGAAACGUGUUACUGUGCAAUCAGAAACCAGCUGGAGUCACCGACAAGUCAGCGCCAGUACUUCCUUAAGUCAUUUUUAUAUUUGAAGGACUUAAAAUACAAAUUGGGGACUAAGUUUGCUAUAAUAUCCAAAUUGUUCAGAUUUUUAUUUUUUUUUUUGCUAUUGGCACCAAAAUUCUGUCAGGAAAAAAAACAAACCUAGUCCAGUGAAAGCUUUUAUAGGAGAUGCUUUUUGUGUUCCUAUCACAGUCGUGCCUCGAUUACAUGAUUUAGCAAAAGGGGAUUGAUUGAUAUUUUUUUUCAUCACAUUAUGAAUGUAUAAAUGCGUUUAAAAAWUUUUUUUAAAUGUUUGAAAAAUGUAGAUCUUAAAGGAUGCAUUCUAGGGCUAAUCAACCUGGUUUGUUCACUAAUGUUAUUAAUAUUAUUAAGUGAGCCAAACAGACAAAAAAGCACUUCUGUAAAGAACGGAUGGAUUUAAUGAAACAGGUGGUGUUUUGUUCUUAUUUAUUCUUCCAUGUUGGGUAAAAGCUUUCCCUAUGGUGAGAGUAUUUUAUUCAGAGCUGUUUGCUUCUCAGUGUUUUUAUUAAGAGCCAGAAGAAGAGAAUUGUGAUGUAGAGUUGGAACUUUAUUCAAACCUUAAAAAGCUUUCCUUCUGGUUUAGUUUCAUUAGUUUUUUUUUAUUAUUAUUAUUUUAUCAUUGAAUGCCCUUCUUCUCUUUGUUAGAUCUCUUUUGAAUUUGAUUUUUUUUCUGUUCUGUUAGCAAAUUUAAAGACUUGCCUCACUUUCUUUUUUGUGAUUUUUAUAUAUAUAUAUUUUUUGUUUUGUUUUUUUUAAUGAAAAUGAAUUGACAUAGCUUACUAACAUUAGAACUGACUCCAAGUACAUAGUUUUAUUUAUGCAGCAGAAUUGGAAAUAAAUGCAUUUCAUUACAUAUCAAAAGGUACUUUUUGUGACUUACGUUGUUUUCUCUGCAUUAAAAUGAAAUUAAAAGAAUAUUUCCCUCUG